AUGAUGCUGACGACUCGAGAAGAAAUCCAACAGCAGACUGGCGAAUGUGUCUGGCUCCGAUACUCUGUCCGCUCUGAGACUGCAAGUCCAGCGUUGAUGUUCAGGGUUGUAGACUGCCAGGAUUUCGAGAUUGUGACAAAGAACAAGGCUGGCUCGGCUGGCUGGAGUGGGCGUGAGAGAGUGAGACUGCUGGCCCGACUCGCGCUGGUCGAGCGAAGGUCGAGAUGGUUCGGCGUCGUCGUCGACACUUCGCUUGAAAUCGCUUCUUCUUCUCUCCUACUCCAUCUUUCAUCAACCGGUACCUUUGUUCACCACCUCUUCAAGGUUAGUAGCCGCACGCAGCCACUUCCCAUCAUCGCCGACCGACCGAUCGACCGACCGAAGUCAGCACGCAGCAGUCUGCGAUCAUCGACACCUGAAGGAAUUAUAAGCAGCUCGACAAUUUGCAAAUAG